CAAUGGAGGUUGAAAUUUCAGAAACAGAAUGUGAGAGUAAUUCAUAGAGAUUACGUAGUUUCACAGACGCUGAAGUGCUGCUCUUCAGCGAAAAUGUGUGCGGCAACAUCCGUUGACAUUUCUAGACGAAAUCCACAAGACGAUUUUGAACUUAUUCAACGGGUCGGCAGUGGAACGUAUGGCGAUGUCUACAAGGCUCGUAAUCUGUGCACAGGUGAAUAUGCUGCAAUCAAGGUUAUCAAGCUUGAACCAGGAGAUGACUUUGCUGUUAUACAGCAAGAGAUUGUGAUGAUGCGAGAAUGCCGAAACCACAAUAUUGUAGCUUACUUCGGCAGUUACUUGAGGAGGGAUAAGCUAUGGAUUGCCAUGGAAUACUGUGGUGGAGGAUCUAUGCAAGAUAUAUACCACAUCACAGGCCCUUUGUCAGAACCCCAGAUUGCCUUUAUCUGCAAGGAAACUCUAAACGGCCUAAGAUAUCUCCACAAUAAAGGAAAGAUGCACAGAGAUAUAAAGGGAGCUAAUAUAUUGCUUACAGACGAGGGAGAUGUUAAAUUAGCUGAUUUUGGCGUUUCUGCCCAAAUAACUGCAACAAUUUGCAAACGAAAGUCUUUCAUUGGUACUCCGUAUUGGAUGGCCCCUGAGGUUGCCGCGGUGGAGAGGAAGGGUGGUUACAACCAACAAUGUGAUAUUUGGGCUGUUGGCAUCACAGCCAUAGAGUUUGCUGAGUUACAACCUCCAAUGUUUGAUCUACAUCCUAUGAGAGCUCUGUUUAUUAUGUCAAAAAGUGGCUUCAAGCCGCCACAGUUGAAGGACAGAAACAAAUGGUCUGCAGAGUUUCAAAAUUUUGUCAAAGUAGCUUUAACCAAAAAUCCCAAAAAGAGACCAACAGCUGAAAGGCUACAGGAGCAUCCAUUCUUCCAUGGACCACUGGGUCGUCAUUUAACCAAGGAGCUAUUGGAGAAAGCAUACAACCCUGUCGAAGUCCAGUAUUCAGAGCCUGGAGAAAAUGAAGAGGAAGGCUUAUUACAAGAUGUCCCGAGAAGGAUCUCAUCAAAGCGGUCUGCCCAACACAAAGAGAGGUCUAAGUCAGAAAUCAACAUGGAGAGUGUGAACUUCAAUCCCCCACUGAGUGAUGAGGGCUCAGGAGCCUAUGAAUUAGCACAGGCCUGGGGUCUGACUGGGGAUGAUGAAAAACAGGAAGAGCAGUAUAAUGGUACGGAGGAUUCUGUCUCCAAAAAGACCUUGUUAGAAUCUGUUAACGAGGAAUUGCAACACAGGGGUAGAGCUAGUCUAAUAAUCGAGCAGACAGGAGACAACCACCACAACGUGUCCACGCUACCAGUGUCGGAAAGGUCAGAUUCAGAAAUAGGAAAGCCACCUGGCUCGGACAGUGGAGUAGAUGAGAGGGACGCUGCCAAUAACAAUGAACCCCUAGAGGUGGAUGAAGGUCCUGAUGUCAAUGGCCUGGUGGAUUAUCUGAAAACCCUGACUCCAGGCACACAGUUACCCACAGAUAUGGAUGAGGGUACACUACAGAGGCCACCAGCACUACCCCCUAAACAAUCCAAACAGCAGAACGGCGAUGUCAGACACAGCUCGGAUGAGUCUCAAAAUACCAAUAGAAACCCGCCUGCAAUUCCACCCAAGCGCAAAGACAAAGAUACAGCCUUUGAUCCUCUUUUUCAGCGUGCCCUAAGUAAUGGCCUCCCUCCAACUCCCAAAGUACAUAUGGGAGCCUGUUUCUCCAAGGUUUUCAAUGGCUGUCCUUUGCAUAUAAACUGUACAGCUAGCUGGGUGAAAGAAGAUACAAGAGAUCAGUAUAUCCUGAUAGGUGCCAAUGAGGGUCUGUACACUCUUAAUCUGAAUGAAAUCCACGAAGCCUCACUAGAGCUGCUUCAACCCCGUAGAUGCACAUGGAUGUAUGUGAUUAAGGAUGUGCUAAUGUCAAUAUCAGGGAAAACACCCCACCUGUACAGACAUGACCUGUUUAUAUUACACACUCAAAAGACAAACAGGUUUUCCUUGCCCAUGAACAGAAUACCCGAAAAGCUGGUUCCAAGGAAAUUUGCCCCUACUGUGAAGGUUCCGGACACAAAGGGCUGUAUGCGGUGUUGUGUGGGGCGGAACCCUUAUAAUGGAUACAAGUACUUGUGUGGGGCUCUGGCUACUGGAGUCAUACUCAUGCAGUGGUAUGAACCACUCAACAAAUUCAUGCUGCUAAAGACGUUUGACUAUGAAAACAUGCCUUCUCCACUGAAUGUGUUUGAGAUGUUUAUAACACCAGAGUUGGAAUACCCUAUGCUGUGUUUGGGUGUCAGGAAAGGUCAUGACCGGAACCAUGUGAAGUUUGAUAUAAUCAACCUUAACUCUUGCUCCAGUUGGUUUACAGAGACUUUCGAAGGUGAACAUUUACCAGUGAGCAACACAACACAGUUGGAGAAAGAUUCUAUUCUAGUCUGCUAUGAGCAGUACCUCAAAGUUGUGAAUAUGAGCGGCAAGUUGAAAUCCAGUAGACGGCAGGCUGCAGAGCUCCAUUUUGACUUCCCUGUGGAGUCUCUAGUGUGUUUACAAGACAGUGUGUUGGCGUUUCACAAACAUGGAAUGCAAGGAAGGAGUUUUAAAGCCAAUGAAGUCACGCAGGAAAUUUGUGACAGGUCAAGAAUAUUUCGAAUGUUAGGGUCGGACAGGGUAAUAGUUUUGGAGAGUCGACCCACAGAGGACCCCACGGCCAAUUCCAACCUGUAUGUAUUAGCUGGGCAUGAGAACACCUUCUGAUGAGACCAAGCCGCUAACCGCUCAAAUGAUUGUGGUGCCAUCGAUUGUAGUCUCCGUGUCCACCCUGUAUGCUAAUCAGAGAUGACGACAUAGCAGCACAUUGUGCUUCACCAUAAAUACCAACAAGAACAACAGAGUGUCUGGUCGACACCAAGCUCCUUGGCUGGCUUACGAGUUGAAUAUAUGUUUGUUGAAUGUCAUUGUAUUGUUAUAAUACCUGGGUAAGGAUUGACAUUAUAGAGUUUACAGUACCAAGGAUCCAAACUGACUCAUAGCCUUUUGUCUCGGUUAAUAUCAUUGCUGGCGAUGUGUGUAUGUCAGCAGUGCUAACUUUCAUGCAAACGUGCUAUACAAAUAUUGAAUUAAUUUUAAAUGAUGAUGACGAUGAUGAUGAACGUGUUAAUUAAUAAUGAUGAUAAUAAUGAUAUGCUUUGGCACUGUCCUUUGUAAGUAUUGUAUAUUGUCUUCAUUAUGACUGUUGCUUCUUGAGGUAAAUACAAAACAGUGCUAUAUUGUUUGAUCGGAAAGUGACAGUUAGGCCUCUUGCACGAUCAUUGUACCUUGUGUUUGUCUGUAUGCUGAGGCCUUGUGAUCACACUAUAGAAAGGAGUAUCACUUUUAUGCAGUUAUUGUAUAUUUUCAGCUUGCUUCCACAUGGUAACAAAUUUACACUUCUAUACUAUUAUUGACUAAAACAAUUGGAAAACCAUUUGUACAUAUGUAUCCAACCUGGACUAUGAUAAUUACCCGUGGCCUCUAUUUUUUAAUUUCAAUGCCCUCAGAUUUCCAAUCCCGCCAUGCCUCAUUCUGUGAUGGAGUCCCGGGGCUAUUUAUAUCUGUUUUAUGUAAGUCUGUGUUCAGGUUUGGUUGUUGUUUUUUUUCUUUUUUUUUUUAAAGAAUUGUGUAAUAUAGGAUUGAAAGUGCAAAGUGAAAGAAAAUUCCUUCCAUGGUCACUGUCAUUCUUUUGAUUUUUGACAUUGGUAAAGGAUUAGUCAAUGUGUAUAUGAGGGUGUAUAUAUGUUAUUAUUCUGCAUUUAUAUGUUAAUUGACUUGAAUUCUUUUUUUAUCGUUAUUAUUUUUUUUGUAGAUAUAUUACCAGUGUCAGUUAAAAUUUGGUCUUCGAACUCUCCAUUUUGGAGUACAGUAUUUCUACAUAUGUUCAUUUCAGUCCAAGAAUACUUAACCACUGAAAUGUUCUCAUAAUGCAACAUACAGAUCUAAGAUUAAGGCUAAAAUACAUGUGAAUGACACAGUAAGCUUAUCUUGACCAUUAAGUACUGUGCAUGUGUUCUUCUUCUCUUUUACCUUUGAUGAGAGAAUAACGAUGAUCAAUUGCUUUGUCCACAAAAUUACUCUCAAUUUCUUUGUCAGAGAUUAUAUGAAGCCUGUCUUUGGUGUAGAUUUGUAGGAAAGCCUCAUCCAAAGACUUGAUAAAAACAGUCAGAAGAGAAAAGUUAAAAUUCAGAGAAAAAAUGAGCUUUUCCAACAUGCUCAAUAUUCAAUGUUUUCAGUUUAUCUACACUUUUCCUGGACUUCCAUUUUAUCACCCAAAUGUGACCUGAAAUAGCACACCGAUGUAUUGUCUGGUGGAAACAUUCUUUUUAAAAUCUUUUCUUGACCGAAACUUUGCAAUAAUUGUAAUACAGAAGAUACUUUUUGUCGUGUGUUUAAAAUACAAAAUUGUGUCUUCUUUGAAAUCAAAUGUUAUGGAACCUCUUGCUGGGUGUAAAUAAAUAAGUGUUCAAUAUUAUUUAUACAAGUAUAUCUAUCUGCCUUUUUAUGCAAAAUUAGUCAAGCUCUAACAAUGUCCUUAUUUGUGAGAAUUAACUGAAUUGAGAAUGCUGGAAAAAUGUGUAGCCCAUUUCUGAACACUAGGCCUGUACACUGCAACUAUACUAAAGACACUUUUUUUUAGGCCUUGUUUGAUUCUU